GUGAAAUAUGGCGUCUGAUGCUUCUCCUUCAGGUGAUGAGGAGGUGAAAGGGAAGAAAAGGAGCAGGAGCAAGGUGCAGAGGAAGAUGGUGGACAUUGAGGAGUUAACAUCAGCUGGUCACAAAGCUUUGCAGGAUGGCCGACCACAGGAUGCACUCAUCUGCUUCAAAGAUGCUCUGAAGACCGCAGGACAGCUGCAGGACUCCCGGGUCUUCCGGGCAUGUUCCUUUAACCUUGGAGCAGCCUAUGUUGAGGCAGGCCGACCCCAGAAAGGACUGGACCUCCUGCAUCAGGCUCAGCCUGGUCCAAAGGCAGACCGGCUCCCAGACCUCCAGUUUAACCUGGCACUGGCCCACAAGGCACUGGGUCAAAACCAAGAGGCGGCCGCUUACUUCCUACAGGCCGCUCAGCUGUACAGGUCCCAAGGAGACGGAGGCAAUGAGGGGGAUACCUGCAUGGAGAUGAGCCGCUGCUAUAGCAGGACUCAGGACUGGUCUCUGGCUGUUCAGGGAUUCCAGCGAGCAGCAGAAAGUUACCGGGUGGCAGCCAUGUUGGAUUCAGCAGCUACUGCCUUGAAAGAAGCAGGAAUUCACAUGAUCCAAUCAGACCAGUUUAGCCAUGAUGACAUCAAAGGCGUGUUGGCAGAGUGUCUGAGUUUGAUGGACAGCACGACUGACCUGAGAAUGCUGGGAGAACUGUACCUGUCAGUGGGAGUGUCUUAUUGCCAGCUCAGGUGUUUCCAGGAGGCGAGGCUGUGUUUCCAACAGGCUCUGGGUCCAGCAGCUCACUGCCCCCCCCUGCUGGCCAAAGUAUUGCACAACUUGGGAGCGGCCCUGAACUCUCUUGGUCAGUUUACACCUGCUGUGGGUUACCACAGGCUGGCUGCUGGACUCUACGGUUCUCUCGGUUGCCGUGGGGACCAGGCUCGGUGUUUCAGUAACCUGGCUUUUGCCUGCAGUCAGCUGGGUGAUGAAGAGGAGGCAGCAGAGAGCUUCAUCCUCGCUCUGCAGGGAUUCAGAGACACAGCAGACUACGAGGCCCAGGUUCAGGUGUGUGAGUCGUUGGCUGAGUGUUAUCUGAGGCAGAAGAAGCAGAAGAAAGCUGUUCAGCUCUACAAACAGGCUCUAAGCACCCUGUCUUAUUGUCAGGAAGGUGGAGGCAUUCAGGAUCGACUGGUGGAGCGGCUGGCUGCAGCUCUGCAGCAGAGUCUCGGCAUCGGGCUGCAGAGACCACGCCCAUUUAGGCCCUACUCAGACAGCUCACCUGUACGGCAGCAUGUCAGAAAGAAUGAGAUCCCACGGAGUCCUGUAGCCAAUCAUUGCUUGGACAAACCAAACAAGCCAGCUUACACACCAGCAGCAGGAUGUACAGGUGAGGGGAUCUCAGGUAGACAGGAAGCAACAGAGCAGAGUGGAUCAGCAGAGGGUGGAGUCUUUGAAACAUCUGAGUACAUGAGCGUUGCACCUGGACUGCACAGUUCAGAGCUGUCCAACGGGCCACGACACACACCUGAGGAUCCUGACACACCAGGUGAGCUGGGGUCAGACAGAGAGAACCUUCACACUGACAGUGACACCUCAUUGGUGUGCCCGCCCACUAGCCCAUGUGACAUCAGAGAGGCAGCAUCUCCCAUGUCCAGGUGGAAGUCUCGGUUCUGCUCAGUGAUGUAGCACCUUGAUUGGUUAGUCAGUGAUGAAGCUGUCACCAUUGUCAAGACUGGUUUCCAUGGAAUCAACACCACCAGCCAGCAAAAAACAGUGAAACUUAAAUGACUUGGUCCUUCUGAAAUAUUUGUUAUAUCAAUAUUUGUUAUAUCCAAAAUAUAUCCUCAAAGUUUAUCAGCGGUGACCCUGCUGAGCCACCACAAUGCAUUCUGGAUAGACAGCAUCAUCUGGCCAGCUGUUCAUAGCUGGAAACCACUGCUGCAAUACAGAUGUGAAGGGAUGGAGCUGGACUCAGUACCUCACACCGAGCGCUACCCCAGACACUCAGUCACAUGAUCAGUAACUCACCUGGAUGUCAUUAUAAUUCACAAGUGUAUAUCAAACUAUUGGUAUACCCAUCAUCAUCAUUAACAUUGCGUCAUUAAGUAUUCUGUCAUUUUUAUUGAUAUUAUCAUGUCAUUUAUUAAUAUUCAUUCCAUCCCUUUUGCUCUCAAAACCUCUACAGUCACACCUAUCCUGGACAGACCUUGCUGGACCCACUAAUAUUAAUAACCUUUAUCCAAUUUCCGACUCUUCCUUCCCAAAGUCCUUGAAAAGUCUGUUGCUUCUCAACUUCAUAACCAUCUUAUCACCAACAAUAUUUAUGAGCAGUUUCAAUCCGGUUUCCGUCCCUUUCACAGUACUGAAACAGCACUCCUCAAAAUCUCGACCUUCUCAUAGAUUCUUCAGAUUCUCUUCAGAUUCAGGUUUACGAUCCAUUCUCCUCCUUCUUGACCUCACCGCAGCAUUUCACACCAU